CGGUCUCUUCUUGCGUCAUCAAACCGUCCCAUGUGGAGAAAAACAGACACAAUUAUUUUUGCGUUUGAUUGUUUAACAUAAACACUGUUAUAAUGCCUCCUGGUAAAAAUUUUAGGAGGAGGAGAGCGGAUUCAGAUGACGAGGAAGAUGAGCAGACGACAGAAGUAGGAAGGUCCAAAGUGGAUGAAGCGAAGGAAUUGCAGAGUCUCCGGAAAAGGCAACAUGGUGUGAGUGUGGCUGCCUUGUUGGUGGGUGAGAAGCUGCCGUUGGAAGCAGAGAAUGAGCAUGACCCUUUUAAAUUAAAGACAGGAGGCGUUGUGGACAUGAAGAAGGUUAAAGACAGGAACAGAGACAUGACUGAAGACGAGACAGACCUGAAUCUGGGGACCUCAUUCUCUGCAGAAACAAACUGUCGUGAUGAGGAUGCUGACAUGAUGAAGUACAUCGAGACAGAGCUGAAGAAGAAGAAAGGGCAGGUGGAGGCAGAGGAGCAGAAGGUGAAGGUGAAGAAUGCAGAGGAUCUUCUCUACGAGCUUCCAGAGAACAUCAGAGUCUCGUCCGCCAAGAAGACCGAGGAAAUGCUGUCCAAUCAGAUGCUGAGCGGCAUUCCGGAGGUCGACCUCGGAAUUGAUGCAAAGAUAAAGAAUAUAAUCACCACAGAGGAAGCAAAGGCAAAACUCCUGGCGGAGCAGAGGAAUAAGAAAAAAGACAACGGCACUUCCUUCGUGCCCACAAACAUUGCCGUGAACUACGUGCAACACAACCGCUUCUAUCGUGAAGAAGUUAAUGCACCAGCGAAAAGGAACAGAGAGGAACCCAAAGCCCGGCCCCUACGCGUGGGAGACACUGAGAAACCAGAACCUGAACAAUCUCCUCUAAUCCGCAAGCGGCCGGCCAACGAGAAGGCCACUGACGAUUACCAUUACGAAAAGUUUAAAAAGAUGAACAGAAGAUAUUGAAAUGCAGUGAUGGGGACAUUUCCAGGGAAUCUGCACCUUUCUUUUUAUUUUGCAAAGCUUUGGUCCCAGUACGCCUACAACAGAUCAGUAGUUAUGGGAUAUCCAAGACUGGUUUUGUGACUCUCUUAGCCCCCUUCACACACACAGUAUAAGAAGAUUACCAAUAACAUGACAAAACUCGGUAUGUAUUAAAACAAAAUCUGUGGGAGAAAGACUUGGUAUUGUAAUAUUACUACAUUCUUACACAAACUUGAUUCACAAAGAUGUUUCCAGUACCCUGCUGAAAUGUUCUUAUGUGCUUCAUAACAGAUGCCAGUCUAGAAAGGCAAGGUUACACAGUAACAGUGAUCAUUCCAAGUGCAGUUUCUAAAAUAAAAUAAUUAUGCUUGUUUUGUA